AUGCGAUGCCUCUCCCACCGAACAAAGGGCGUCGCUGCUCUUAGCCAAGCGCUCUCUUCCGCUUGUCCCGUACGACAACUCCAACUCCAUCUAUCGCACCGCCAGUUUGGAACUUCACAGGCCCGAAACAAGUCCCUUCAAGCGAUCCCGCUCCUCACAUCAUGGAACGCAGAUAUUUUUCACGAGAAGGCCUACUUGCCGGCUCUCCCAGCUCGUCUGCCACGAUCGACGGCCUCCAUCCCACCCGCCUGUCGAAAAUGGUUCAUCCACGACGGUGACAUCGAUUUCAACCUGACUUCAGCCCAAAGAGACAAUGGAGAUGGACUCACGACCCAUGUCCAAGUCCCGCGGUCCUCUGAGCUUCGCUCGUCCUUCUGGAGCGAGCACGAAACGACCAUUGUGCCUCUGGAACUGACGUCCAAAACUCCAUCUGCCUCGCUCCUAUCCGUCAACGACACGGAGCUCGCGCACGGGAUCCAAAACCACAACGUCGACGGGACAUUCCACCGUGUCGAGGCACCCUUGAAACUCCUCUUGACCUAUCUCUCCAAUCCGAUGUCUCCUGGCAGCAAAUCGCUCAGGGAGCCAUCGCAUUCCAUCUACCUCGCACAAUGUGAAAUCUCAUCCCUACCGUUGGCGUUACAACGUGACAUCCCCACUCCUCGUCUCCUCGAACCCCAACGUUCCAUCAGAGGCGACGUCUACUCCUCGAGUCUCUGGCUAGGUCGUCCACCGACCUACACACCACUCCACCGCGACCCGAACCCGAACCUAUUUCUGCAACUUGCCGGCCGAAAGGUCAUGCGCCUGCUUCCCCCCGAAAUAGGGGACGCGGUGUUCGCCGACAUUCAGCGCCAACUGCCGUCGACCCGGGCGUCAGCGUCGUCGGCCAUCAGGGGCGAGGAGAUGAUGGCGGGUCCGGAAAAGACACUUCUCCACGACGCCGUGUGGUUGGAUGAGGCCAGAAAUCGCUACCGGGAAGUCAUUGAGAACUAUGAGUUUGAAGCUGAGCUCGAACUGGGCGACGGCCUGUUCAUCCCGAAAGGGUGGUGGCAUAGUGUCAAGGGCGUUGGUGAGGGUGUUACGGCAAGUGUGAAUUGGUGGUUUCGCUAG